UUCUUGCUCACACCUUGCCUCCUGAGUCAGGGUUUUAACCCUUCUGACUGACUGCGGACCACACAUCAUUCACCUGUGUCCAAACAACCUAGUGCCUCUGCUUCUACUCCCAGCCCUCUCUGAAUUGUGUUCUUGAAGUCAAAGAGCUCAUUCAACAAGACUUAGAGAAGGUGGAGCUGGGAUGGUCCCAGGAGUGGUGAACAGAUCUGGCCUGUUCUAGGCAAGUGGAGAGCAAAGGCGACAUUCUUGCUUAGACCUCGAAUCCCGAGUCAACAUUUUAAACCCUUUUGACUCACUGAACUACACAUCUCUGACCUUUUUUCAAACUGCUUAGUGGCUCUGCUUCCACAACCAGCCUACUUUGUGAAGUGUAUUCUUGACCUCAAGGAGCACAUUCAAGAAGACGUUCAGAAGCUGGAGCUGGGAUGGACCCCGUGGCUGUUGAAGAUGUGGCUGUGGACUUUUCCCCAGAAGAGUGGGCCUUGCUGGAUUGUUCUCAGAGGAAACUCUAUAGGCAUGUGAUGAUGGAAACUUUCAGAAACCUGGCCUCAGUAGUUUCCCAAAACAUUGAUGAUGGAGAACAGCUGUGCACUGAAAAUACAAUAGUACACUUCCUGAAAAGUGGCUCCUGGUCCUCCAAAGUAGGAGAAAUAUGUGGAUUUCACAUCAUUGAAGAUCAGGAUAACAAGUGGAACAGUCAUGCAAGCAGAAGAUCUAUUGAACAGAAUGUUUGUGAAAUUAAGAAGAAAACUCAGCGUGGACAGACCUACAGCUGGAUUCCAGAUCUUCACAUGCUCAAAAGAACUUACAAUGAACCAUAUCCUCCAGUGUCCCUUCACUAUGGGAAAUCCUCCAUGGACCGAUUAUCAUCAUCACUUAAGCAUCAUCGUAGUUUUCACUCUGUAUUUGACACCUAUCAGGAUGGAGAACAUGCAGCAGGCUGCAGGUGUCCUUACUCCCACGGUCCUGUGAGAACGCUAACUGAAGAGAAACCUAAGGAAUAUAAGGACUAUGGAAACACCUUUGGUGAAUCCUCAGAGGUCCUUAUACAUUUAAGUGGUCACAGUGAGGAGAAGCCUUUUGUUAGUAAGGAACAUGGCAAAGUUGUUCAUCUUUUUUCAUCCUUGAGUUGGCAUAUGACAACUCAUAGUGGAGUGAGUCCCUAUGAAUGUAAGGAAUGUGGCAAACGUUUUAAAGACUACGCAUCCCUCAUAAAACAUAGGAGAAUUCACAUUUUAGAGAAGUAUGAUUGUAAGGUAUGUGGCAAAUCCUUUACCAAUCCCUCACAUCUUGUUGCUCAUCAGAGAAUUCACAGUGGACAGAAACCUUAUGAGUGUAAGGAUUGUGGCAAAGGUUUUACACACCUUUGUUACCUUAAUCGACAUAGCAGAACUCACAGUGGAGAGAGGCUUUAUGAGUGCAAGCAGUGUAGCAAAGCCUUUAUUCAUCAAUCAUCCCUCAUUCACCAUAGGAGAACUCACAGUGGAGAGGGCCCAUUUGAGUGUAAAGAAUGUGGCAAAGCCUUUACUUGUCGCUCAUACUUAGAUAAACAUCAGGUAGUUCACAGUGGAGAAAAGCCUUGUGAAUGUAAGGUGUGUGGCAAAUGUUUUAAGUACCCCUCAUCCCUCACUAAACAUAGGAGAAUUCACAGUGCAGGGAGUCUUUAUGAAUGUGAGGAAUGUGGCAAAGGUUUUCAGUUCCCCACAUCCCUCACUAGACAUAAGAGAAUUCACAGUGGAGAGAGGCCCUAUGAGUGUGAGGAGUGUGACAAAGCCUUCACUGAUUCCUCAAAACUCAGUACACAUAGGAGAAUUCACAGUGGAGAGAAGCCGUAUGAAUGUAAGGUAUGUGGGAAAGCAUUUGCUUACCAAACAUCCAUCAUUACACAUAGCAGAAUUCAUAGUGGAGAGAAGCCUUAUGAAUGUAAGGAGUGUGGGAAAACCUUUACUCAACACUCUCAACUUAUUUCACAUGGGAGAAUUCAUAGUGGAGAGAAGCCUUAUGAAUGUGAGGAGUGUGGUAAAGCCUUUACUCAACACACUCACCUUAUUGUACAUAAGAGAACUCACAGUGGUGAGAGGCCUUAUGAAUGUAAGGAAUGUGGGAAAAGUUUUAAGUGCCUUUCAUACCUUACUGUACACAUGAGAAAUCAUAGUGGAGAGAGACCUUAUGAAUGUAAGGAAUGUGGGAAAUCCUUUAUUCGUCUCUCUACCCUCAUUAAACAUAGGAGAAUUCACAGUGGAGAGAGGCCCUACGAAUGUGAGGAGUGUGGCAAAGCCUUCACUGAUUCCUCAAAACUCAAUGCUCAUAGGAGAAUUCACAGUGGAGAGAAGCCUUAUGAAUGUGAGGAUUGUGGCAAAGCCUUUAUUAAUCAACGUUCCCUCAUUCAACAUAAGAGAACUCACAGUGGAGAGAGGCCCUAUGAAUGUAAGGAAUGUGGGAAAGCAUUUUCUCACCAAACAUACAUCAUUACACAUAGCAGAAUUCAUAGUGGAGAGAAGCCUUAUCAAUGUAAGGAGUGUGGUAAAGCCUUUACUCAACACUGUCACCUUAUUGCACAUAGGAGAACUCACAGUGGAGAGAGGCCUUAUGAAUGUAAAGACUGUGGAAAAGCCUUUACUCGUCACUCCACCCUCACUGAGCAUAGGAGAAUUCACAGUGGAGAGAACCCUUAUGAAUAUAUGUAGGGUUGCAAAGCCAUUAUUCCUUCCUCACCCCACAUUCAGCAUAGAACUCACAGGAAAGAGGCCUUAUGAAUGUAAAUGUAGCAAAGACUUUGAUUCCUCUUCAUCCCUCAUUCAACAUAUGAUCAUCCACAAUGGAAAGAAUCCUGAUGCAUGUAAGGAAUAUGGCAAAGUCUUUGCUUAUUCCUCUGCUCUCCAUUCACAUAGGAUUUCUCGCAGUCGGUGGAGGUCUUAUGAAUGUAAUCUAUGUGGGAUAGCAUUUAGUCAAUCUUUCCUCACUAAAGACUGAAGAACUCACAGUUGAGAAGGUGUUUGUAGGAUUUUGGGAAAGCCUUAGUCAGCACAGGUUAUUGUAAAUGUAGGAAGAAGUCAGAGUAGAGGCCCUAUGAAUGAAUGUAGGGACCAUAUGUAAAGGAAUGUGUCAAAAACCUUUUCUUUGGAUCUUACUAAUGUAAUCUUAGUAAAGUAAUGUAGCAAGGCCUUUCCUUGGUCCUCAACUUUACUAAACAUUAAAUUAAACUAAGUUAAACCACUAAGCAUUCAAGAAUUCACAGUGGAGACAGGACUUGAGCAUAUAAAGAAUGUGAGCCUUUCAAUAUUAAAGAAAACAAAUAGAAACAAGAUGUGAUUAGUUACUUUGGUCCUUCGGGAGAAGUAAGAGCACAAGGUCACAGUGCACCUGUUUUAUGAGACUUCUUUUCUCCAGUUUCCAUGAACAGCUGUGAAGAUGGUUGCUUUCUUAGACCAUGGUGUAUUUUACCUUAUUGCAGUCUGAGUAUUUUCAAUAAGGCUAUUGUGAAGACUGCUAUGCAAGUGUGGGUUUAGAUUGUAAUCCGUGUUAAUUUACAUGCAGUAAAUUCAAGAAAAUUUUAUUUGGGUGUGGGUUGUGGUUUUGCUAUGGAUUCAUGUGUUAGAAACUUUGUUCCUAUGUUUUUCACCUCAUUUUUGUCUGCAUUUUGUACAUCCAUUGAUAAAUAUUAAAAGUAUUAUUAAUAUGUUGAGCAUUUUGUUGACAAGCCAUGAUUAUGUCUUUCAGUCCAGUCCUAUAACAAUCUCUAUUGCUUUCAUAAAUUGAUAAUUUAUGAAAAGA